AUGCGUCUGUAUAUCAUCGUGUUUGUAGCUGCAGCAGCUUUCGCUGCAAUUACCGAAGUCUCCUCACUCCAAACACAUUCCAAGGCAUCGAUUCGCUCGCUAGAGGACCAGAUCAAUAGUAGCCCACACCGACUACUGAGAGUCGAGAACGCAGCGAAAAACCUCGACGACGAAGAAGAGAGGAUUAAGAUUCCAGUCGUUGACAAAAUCACCAAGUAUCUGAAUAUGAAGACGCUCGACUACUAUCUGUACCGCAACAAGAAACCAAAGGAGGUCUGGAAUCUGUUAAAGCUGAACGGAUUGAAAGGCAAGGCAUACCAAAAACCCAAUCACGAGUACUAUCUCAUAUAUUUGGGCAUGUGGAAAGCCAAGGAGGCUGCCAAGAAAGCUGCCAAGGAGGUCGCUAAGAACGCCGCCAACGUCGCGUAA